AUGGAUAUGCAAGUACAAAUUCGUAAUGAUCAUCAAAUGGCCGUAGAUAAUUGGUUAGAACAAGUGCUUUUCUACAUUGGAGAUAUAUUUGAGAUCCGCAUAGUAUGGAAUCGCGAAACAGCUGUUUUCACUACUGUAAUGGCAGUAGCAGGCGGCAUAGUGGGAGGUUUAGCAGGCGGUCGGGUCGGCGCAGCUCUAGGUGCUGGCAUCGGAAGUGCUACUGGAUUAGGAGUCUCUACUGUGUUGACACUACGUGAAGCUUGGGCAAGAGUUAAAGAGAAAUUAAGGGAAGUGCUGUAUAUAAUUCUUAACUAUCUCCGACAGUUAGACCCAAUCGACUAUGUCAGAGCUUUUGAAGUUCUCAUGAACUGUGCUCAUAGCCGCAGAGAACUCGUUUUGACAAUCUUAGAUUUUAUCUUUGACAAACUUGGCAGGGAAGUACUAUCAAAUAUCAACAGGCAUGCUAUUGAAUGA